AUGGACAGAGACAAGGACAGGAAGCUGCUCCAUAUUUAUUACUAUACCAUUUCCUCUCCUCUCCUCUCUUCUCCUCUCCUCUCUUCAGGUCCUCAGCUGUCCCAGAGCUGUGCCCUUGCCCUGCCCUGCUGUGCAGAGGGGGUGUCACCGACGUGCUCCAAAGCCCCCCAGGUGAGCGGGGUCAGAGUUCAGCUGGAGAUGUGUGCGCUGUGGCAGCAGUUUGAUCAGCUGGGCACCGAGAUGAUUGUUACCAAAGCUGGGAGGAGGAUGUUUCCGACAUUCCAGGUACGAAUCUCUGGGAUGGACCCUGCUGCUGAAUAUGUUCUGCUCAUGGACUUUAUCCCUGUGGAUGACAAGAGAUACAGAUAUGCCUUCCACAGCUCAUCCUGGUUAGUGGCAGGCCGAGCAGACGUCUCAGCCCCAGGAAGGAUGCACUUUCAUCCCGACUCGCCAGCCCGUGGAGCCCAGUGGAUGAAGCAGACGGUGUCCUUCGAUGCUCUCAAACUCACCAACAACCUGCUAGAUGACAAUGGACAUAUGAUACUGAACUCCAUGCACCUCUACCAGCCACGUUUCCAUGUGGUCUAUGUGGAUCCAGCUCCCAAUAGCCAUUUGCAUGCCCACAGGAACUUCUGCUCCUUCUCCUUCCAUGAGACCCGCUUCAUUGCCGUCACUGCCUACCAGAACCACCGGAUCACCCAGCUGAAGAUUGCCAGUAACCCAUUUGCCAAAGGCUUCAGAACCACAGACCCCCAAGACUGGUGA